AUUCACUGUAGUGCGGUCACAGGCCGGUGGCUUUGUGUUAGACCGAUGGGUUUUUCUCUGGCCGAUGCCAAUAUUUAGAAAUCAGGGCAGCCAAUAUAUAUAUAUAUAUAUAUAUAUACAAGCCACGGACGGUUAAGACAGCUGACGCUGCUGUCACUCUCUCUCUGUCAUACACACACACACACACACACAACAAAGAAAGUAAUACACGAAUAGAAAUACCUGAAAUGGGCCAUACAAUCCAAUCACAAUACACUGGGUGAGUUGGCCAAUAAGAGCAGACUGUGCCUGUCAGAAGGAGGGACUUUGUAGAAAAUUAAAUGUUUGAGAGAGGCAGGGGAUAGAGGACCUACAAUAAUGUAUAGUUUUGGAAAAAUAUUCCGUUCUUUAAACAUUAAUGCAUGUCAACAUAUUCUGUUACACCAAAUACACAAAAUAAUGAUCUUUUAAAAAACAUCAUAUGACCGCUUUAAUUUAUACAUAUUAAAGACAUUCAGCUCAACAAUGAGGAUUUUAUCAGGUUCAUAUUUUUUUAUUUGACCUGCCAACAUUAAUGAAAUAGCUAAUUGAUCAUUAAAUAGUGUUUUUAAUGAUAUUUUGAGAAGUUAAAAAAAUUCAGUUCUCAUUUAUUGUUUUCUUUCGUGCCAAUUUUUUAUUUUACUGAAAGUACUGUAUGAGACAAAAGUUGUUUGAAAAUGUAUUUUUUGGCAAGAAAAUGGUCAUACAGUCAAUCAAAGAUGGCAGCAGAGUGUGCGAAAAGAAGGCACACCUUGAAUAUUUAUAUCCCAAUCAAACCAGGAUGCUGUUAUCCCAACCAAUCAUAAUGCAUAUUCAACAAAUGUAUCCAUUUAAGGUUUCUAACUAUGUCCCCUAGAUGCUGCAAGUAUUUACUGCAAAUCUGUGUGAAAACACCUCUCAACAACACAGAUAUUUCACACAUUUCACUUCCUGUUGUUCUUUUAGCACACAUCAAAAUAACUCAAGCAUACCGAUGAACCAUUUAGACAGCUUAAAGAACACUCUUUAGUAAAGCAAAGAAUGUCUAUGAUAAAUUUUACAAAAGUUCAAAUUUAACCAUAUAUUACUUCAUAAAAUACAAACACACUUUUGCUUGAAAACGUUGCAAUACAGUUUGACAGUACAAAAACAGAUUUUUACUGUCUGAGCUUUCACAGUUUCACAUAACAAGUAACAGUAAAAAAGUGUUAGAAUAUGAUUAAACCAAACUCAGACUACUGAUAGAUGAUUUAUUAGAUAAAGUGUGUGAUCCAUCCAGGGUCCCUUAACAAUUUAGAAAAAAAGCUGUGGAUGUGGUUUCAUAUCUGAGUUCAUAUAAAUGGCUUCUUUCCUUUUAUCAAUAAAGGUCACCUAUUGUGCCCCUUUUUACAAGAGCUCAAUGAUAAGAAUUUUAUUAAGCUCAUAUUUUUUAACUGUCCUGCCUACAUUCAUGAAAUAGCUGACUGAUCAUUAAUUUAUUUAAAAUCUCAGGCAGAGACAAUGGUAGCUUUAGCAUCAUUAGCCUUAAAGGGGUCACAUGAUUCUUUUUUAAACAUCAUUAUUUUGUGCAUUUGGUGUAACAGAAUAUGUUGACAUGCUUUAAUGUUCAAAAAACAUAUUAUUUUUCAAAUACUAUAGAUUAUUGUAGGUCCUCUGUGCCCCGCCUCUCUCAAAUCAGUUCAAGCCUGAAAGGUGAACAGAGUCGCAUGACAGACACAGUGAUGAAGCUUGUGUGUGUUUGCAGAACACAAGCCACUGAUGGUUAAGACGGCUGACUUUCUUCCUACAAUGAUGUCAACAUAGGGAAAAAUCUGGAAUUGCAUGCUCAGAGAGACUGUUUAUGAUUUAUUGGGAUUAUUAAAAAAUGAUUGGGUGUAUGUUAACCAUCACUGGUUGUUUUCACACACUGUGGCCUCAUAACCGUGUUCAAACUGUGUUAAAUUUUUGUAUUAUUGGUCCAUUUUAAUGCGGCAUGUAUUCUGACUGAUUCUUGGAUAGGUAUAGUUGUGGAUUCUACUGUAAAUAUUGUUUUGUUACCAUUUUGGUGAUCAGUUUGACACUAGUUUUCAUUCAUUUUAAUUUUUAGAGUUGUUAUUUAUGUAGUGCUUUAUCUCUGCAACAGUCUUUUAAAUAUUUCACUGAAGAGCCCAUUGGUUCGAACUUUUGUUCGAAUGGAGGUGGGUGUUAAACCACAAACCUGUGAUCUUCUUUACCAUGAUCUCGGAAAUAUCUCUCUCCUCCGAUCAUAAGUUACAAGUGUCAGACGUGAGCUUCUUUAUAGAUAUUUAAUCUUCAUCUGUUUCUUCUGAGUUGAGCUGCAACUCUUGAGAUACAAGAAAGUAAGUCUCUGAUUACUUCUAUGCUGAAAAGAAAGAUUUUUGAGAAAAGAAAACAUUUGGCUUAUAAUAUAUAGUACAUACUGUAUAUAAAAAAUUUUAAUAAUGUAAAUGAGUAAAUUAUUUGGUAUAUAAUCAAUACUAUUACAGCGUAUGCAAAAAGUAUCCUAUUUCUGAAUGUACUUUUUUAGCCAUUGCAGAUCUAAUUUAAUAAGAGAAGGUAAAAAAAAUGUUUAAAUAAAGUAAAUUUAAUUUUAUCAUUGUUUGAUAUUGCUUGGCUGAAAAUAAGUUACAAAAUAUAUAUGAUGAUGAUAAGCAAAUACAAAACCACAUUAAUUUCUUGUUAUUAUUUAUUAGUAAGCAUGUUUGACAGCAUCCCAGGAUAUGAGGGAAUUGCGGCAGGUGGAGGUGGUGCCUAUCUUCCUCCUCCAAUUCCCUCUGUGCUGACGCCUGUGCCAGAACACGCUUCCAGCAGUCCAGAGUGGCACAACAACAUUCCUUCCAUCUCAGAAGGAAGAGCACAUCAAGCUUUUGAAGAGUACGUCUCCAGCAAGUGCUGCUAUAGUUCUGCCCCGGUCAGAGAAGGGGUCAUAACUAACAUGGAGUCCUUUGGUACCUACAGGUAUCGUUUGGAGACAUUCACAGAGUCAAGAUCUACUGAAUGGAGUCAGGAGCCUUACACAGGGCAGCAUGUUGAUGCCAGUAUUCAGCAUCCUCCAGGACCAUGGGAGAUGGCAGCUCAACCUCCAUCCUACUUUACUGACCACAUGGAGACCAUUAGAGUGCCUUACACUUCCUCAGUCAAGAAAUGUAACCCAUGCAGUGGAAUGGGAAAAAACUCCUGUUCUUCCUGCACUGGAACUGGAAGUAAAGUGUGCUCUGAAUGUAACGGUUCUCGUCAACGUCCUGAUAAUGAGUCCUGCGAUAAAUGUGACUAUAGAGGACAGGAAGAAUGUAGUUCAUGUAGCGGCAGUGGCUUUCACAAGUGUGACACCUGUGAUGGAAAGGGACAGCUACUCGUCUUCAUCAGCCUCAAAGUUAAAUGGAACACUGAGAAGGACGAUUACACAGCGCAAGAUUCGAGUGGACUGAGACCAGAAAAGCUGGGGAAGGUUUCAGGAAAGGAGCUUUUCAAAGACGCCCAGAUUAUGGUCUAUCCAGUGAUGGGUUUCCCUGAUGUUUCUGUUGCACAAGCAUCUGAACGUUUAAUCAGAGACCAUCAGGUGAAAUAUACCAAGGAUUCUCGCAUAAUUCAACAGAGGCAGACGAUUGAGCUCAUUACCAUAACAAGAGUGAAUUACACAUGGAAAGAGAAGUCCUAUGUUUACUAUGUGUAUGGAAAUGAGUUGAAAGUGAACGCUGAUGACUAUCCUGCCACCUGCUGCUGUUCUGUCAUGUGACUCAAGUUGAUUCAAACCACUGACUGCACAUCCCACAUUCAUCACAUCUCAAAAACACCUGUCAGAGAUGGCUAUUAUUCCAUAUUUGUAAACUGUUUAAGACAAAAGUACAUUAUGAUCAUAUACAUUUUCAUACGAUUAAAAAAAAAACAAUAUUAAAACUUAUUUUAAUGCUAGAUUAUGCACAAUUUCCGAGACGGACUUCUUCAAUGUAUUCUGCAGUAAAUUUAGAAAUAAAGUCUAAAUACAGGGAGUUUUGUGAAUGGAGCACAGAAAUUUGGCUUUUUAUUUUUGUAAAAAUAUAUCCAUCAAUGUGAAUGCGGUUCAAAAAUCUAAACUCAAGAAUACUUUUUCACACUUCAGGUUUGCAAAAAGAAAAGUAAAAACUACUCAGAAAUUAAAUCGCUGGUGUCUAAAUGUUAAGUUAUUCUCGCACAGUUUAAAGCGGGUGAAUGAAGAAGUGUUCAUUGGUGACCAAAUGUAGGGGUCCUUAUUUGAAUGUAUAAAAUAAACGAAUAAAUAGGAAUGAAAAAAAAAAAGAAUUACAUCUAACAUUAACUCAUAUGGUAACCUCAUUAAAGGAAUAGUUCACACAAAAUGUAAUAAUUUAAUAAUAUUUACCCAAACUAAUUUACAUCUUUUAUGUCCUGAAGGUUUCUUCAUUAGAAAAAUUUUGGAGAAUUUAGCAUUAAAUUACAUGUUCAUCAAUGGAUCCUGUGCAGUGAAUGGGUGCCGUCAGAAUGAGAGUUCAAACAGCUGAUAAAUACAUCACAGUAAUCCAGAAGAAAUCCACACCACACUAGUCUGAAUAACAUGAAGGAUGUGUCAUCCACGAGUCACUCUACUGAUUCUGAACUGCAUAAUAUGUGUAUCAUUCAUUCAUUCAUUUGUUUUUAGUUUUAAAAUUGAAAGUAGAAAAAUGAAAAAAAAAUUAUUUUGAUUUUCUUCUGAAAAACAUAAAUGAGAAUUCAUCUUACAUUAUUAUUACUGGGGCAGAGUCUAGACAGGGCUUUCUUCUGUGUAGAACAGUAGUUCUUAAAGAGAUAUUUGUAUUCUUAAAGAUACAAAUAAUCAACUUCAUGCUUUAUAAGAGUAUAAUUUUAAAAAUAAAAGUAAUGUCAUAAAAUAACCAUUCUUGUUUCUCCAGUAAACUUUUUAAUGACCAUUUCUUAAAAGAACCUUUUUUUCAAUAAACAUUUCAAUAAUCUAAAGAAACUUUACUUCCAGUGGAAAUGUUACAUGGAUAAGUAAAUAAAUAUAUAUAUGUAUAAUAUAAAGGAAAUAGUGCUAAAAGACCAGCACCAACAACCCUAGGUGUAUGUGGUAUGUACAACUCAAAACUGUAGAAACAGUAAAAUGGUGCUAACAUUAAUCGUUAUUAAUUGUUAAUCUAGAACAGCUUAUUUAUGUUACAGAAUGAUAGUUAUAUAAUCAUUUCAUUUUUUUUUCAGGUAAAGACUUAUGCUUAUGCUCUGAAUUUUUAUUUCAUAAUCAUGCAUCUGUCUAC